ACCCGCGUCCAGCUCGGGCGGAGGCCGCGGGGAGGCCGCUCCAGGAGCUUGCCCAGAGCCGGGGGCAGCCGCAGCCGAGCCCCAGCGGGGCUGGAGCCGAGCCCGACGCCGCCCAGCCCGGCCCGGGGCCCGCAGCGGAGCGCGGCAGAGCGGGGCCGGGCCCCGGCACCGCAUAAAGAGGCCGCGGCGGGGCCGGGGAGCAGAGCGCGGAGCAGAGCCCGGAGCAGCGCUGCCGCAGCCGGGAGCGGGGCCAUGGAGCAGUACUUCUCAGCCACGCAGAAGAUGGAGCAGGAGGUGAUGUUCCCCAGCCUGCUCCGAGGGGUCUUCCCGCAGCAGCAGGACGGGGCGGCUCCGGAUGCCAAUGGCCACACGGACCUCUACGAGCGCUACCAGCUCCUCAAGGCCAUCAAGCCCAUGGUGGAGAAGGGCCUGGCCUCUGUCAAUGACCAGAACCCGACCAGCACCGAUGCGGAUACAUCCCUAGAUGAGGGUGUAGACAAUAACCUGGAGGAGCGGCUCUCCCAUCACGUCAAUGGUUUGCAGCAGGUUCUGACAGACCUGACCAAAAACACCAAAGCCCUCACGCGGAGGUACAGCGAGAUCCUGGAGCAGAUCAACCUCGGGGAUGAUCAGUCCAGCUCCUGAGCCUGCACCCCUACACUGUGAGGGUGAUCUGUUGUCUGCAGCCCAGUGGCACUUUCUCUCCUGCGCCAAGUCCCAUGAGGAACAUCCUUCAUGAGCAGUGCAGAGCUUGGUCAUCUACCCACUGGGUGCUGCUUGUACCAUCCGACUUGCCCUGUGGCCGAUCCUGCUGGCAACCUUGCUGCUUCCUUCACCCCUGUCCCGGGGGGGAAUUCUGCAGGGCAGAAAUGAGUGUUUGUGUUAUUGCUUUGUAGGAGGCAUCUGUAACUUGGAAGUGAUGCUUUUCUUCUCUAACCCUCCCCAUCCGGUCUCUUUGUUAAUGUAAAUAAAAUGCAAAGCCUUGUA